AUGUCGGUGGCAAGUUGGCAAGCCUUCUCCUUGAGUAUCCUAGUCCAAUGGUCCAACGAUGACGGCGAGCUUGCGCCACUGGCUGCUGGCGCUCGGCUUGGCUGCUACCGCGAGUUGCGCGGUAGGCUCUGGUCUGCAGGGCCUUUGGAGGAGGAGAUCGAGAUCCUGCUCGAUCGGUGGCAAGAGGAAGAGUAUCGGCGGGACAUUCCGCCGGGCUGGAUUCCAGGUGAUGCUUCGUAUCCCUUGAGGACCUACUUCGACAAGCUGAAGCUCUGGUACCGGAUUGCCAAUGUGGAGGAUGAAGCCAUCGGUCCACUGGUGGCUGGACGACUCUAUGGUCGAGCAUCCACGAUCGCCAUGUCUUUGAGAGUGCCAAGGCCAGACGGCACCUUCGAUGUCGGCGAUGCAGCGCUGGUUCGACUAGCUGUGGAUGAAGUCCGCGAAGCAGCGACCAAUGUGAUCAUCCAGAACCACAUCCCUUCAGGAGUGCAAUUCCUGGCCAACGCACUCCGCACGGCAUUCGGUCAGCAAGACCAAGAUCUGGCGACACAAGCCCUGGACAAGUUCUUUGGCCUUGCAAGAGGAAAGCUCAGCCUGUCCGAAUACAGCGUCGAAUUCGACAGCCGGUACGAUGAUGCUCAUGGAAGAGCUGGACUGCAGCUGAACGAUGUUGCUGGCGACUACACUCGCUUCAACGACGCUCGAGCUUUGGCAUUGCGCGUCAACCCUAAUCGGCGAGACCCUGAUGACGCCCAGAUCCUCUUUGAAGAGAACGAUGAGUCCUAUGGCGACUACGACGCCUACUACCAGGACUGGGGCGAUGACUAUGAGGCCGAGGAUUCAUGGUGGUAUGGCUAUGAAGAGGCCGAUGAAGGUGAAUGGGUCUAUGAGGAGUACGCCAACGACGAGACCUACUAUGAGAACCAUGAUGCCAGCGAUGAGUCGUGGCAAGAGGUUGACCUUGAGGCUGGCAUGACAUCUGGUUCAGCAAGCGACUCCAAUGUCUCGGGCGAGUACAACGAAGCCUACUACAAAGGAAAAGGCAAUGGCAGUGAUGAGGGCUGCUUCAACUGUGGCAGCAAGUUCCACAGAGUUCGAGACUGUCCACUUGGCAAGGGCAAGAACAAGAAGGGCAGUCACAACUACAAAGGAAAAGGAAAGUCAAAAGGCUUCUGGAGAUGGCGACCCGACUUCAAAGGAAAGAGCAAAGGCAAGAGCAAGUAUCCUUGGAGAAGCAAAGGCAAAGGAAAAGGAAAAGGCUUUGGUCGAAAAGGCCACUACUACGCCUACCAGGAGGAGGACAACUACAAGCCUCGUGGUGGUCUGUCGAUCAGUGAAGGCAUUCCCGAUGCCUCAACUCCGCAAGAAGUUGCCACAAGCCCCAAGGAGGUCAAGACGACCAAGAGGGCCGAGAGCUUCGUGAUCCACACGUCAUCCGAGGAUGAGGACUUCAAGAAGCCAACGGACGGAUAUUCAGGUCAGCCUGAGUAUACUACGAAGGAUCGCUAUGACAAGAAGCUCAAGAUGAACUUCAUGGUCUUCAACAUGAAGAAAGAAGAGACACAGAUGAGCUACCACACCAUCCAUGGGCAGGAACGCUAUGGUUUGCUCAUCGAUCUCGGAGCUGCAUCCGGGCUGGUUGGCAGCGAGGCCCUCAGAAUGCUCAAGAGUUGCUCCAUGGGCGAGAUGGAGAUCAACCGCAACAAGAUCACUCCAGUUUCCGGCAUUUCAGGAAACAGCGAGUCAACUCUCGGAGAGGUCACGUUGACCAUGGCGACCGCAGGACAACCCAUCACCUACACGGCGGAGGUCAUUGGUGGAGCUGGAAGCCUAUGCCCAGCACUGGUUGGCAACCCGACUCUUCGUCGAUUGGGUGCAUCAAUCUUGACAGAUUGGUUCGAGAAUGGUGAUGGCAUGCUUGUUCUGAACACCAAGGACGCCAUGGAUGCCGAGGUCAAUCACGUGAAGUUCUUUAGGAUCCUGCUCACAGAUUCUGGACACUACAUCCUGCCUUGUGACAACGUUCAGAACGAGAAGGUUCCAAGAGCUUCGAAGCACGAGGCCAUUGCUUUCUUCCAGAAGAUCACCGAGAUCACUUCGAAAGUUUGGCCUGACGUGCAACCACGGGUCAGACACUGCUUCCAUUCCCAGACGGCGGCAGAGGAUGACCGGUGUGAUUACAAUCGUGGACAUGAACGAGACAAAGGCCCAAUGAAGAGCCAAGAUCAUGAUGUUGGUUGUGAUCAUUUGGCUUGCGAGAAUGGAGAAGAAGAUGAACUACGUAAUUCUGUUCCUUCCAGGAAGAUUCACUUCAUCGAUGAGGAACAGCAGAAGAAGUCCGAGGAGCCCUACGACCUCAUGAACAGCGAGAAGAACAAGAGCCUAUCACCAAUUGCAGAAGAGCGCGACUCCGAGGACGAAGUUUCACCAUCAGCCAUUUUGGCAGAGCAGUGCAUGAAGAACGACAAGAGCAAAGAGCCUGCGAAGAAUUCAAACCACUUGAUCAACGAGCACCCUGCCGGACCUGCCAUUUUGGCCCCGGCAAUUCACGAUGAACAAGGCCUACGUGAGGCAAGCUAUGAUGAAGAGAAGAACGUCUUCCUCAGCUACACUGGCGACAUGAUCCCCGAGACGGCAGAUCAGUUGCGGCAUCUACGAAAGAUCCUGAUGAGAAGAUGUGUGAACGUCUCCAAGAUCGACCUGCUCUACAACUAUGUCAAGAUCUUUCUGCACGACAAGAUGCCAAUGGCCGACAUCAUCCAGUACCUGUCCUACAUGAACCUGCUCAAGCUGAAGACUUGGCCACAGGAUGCCUACGCAGCGGAGCUCUAUGAGGGCGUGGAGAUCAAGAACCUCACCAGCAAAGCGCUCUCCGUGCCAACUACACACAUGCUCAAGAAGCUCCUCCUCGAAACCAUCAACGCCACUAUGGGUGUCUUCAAUGAAGCAGCAAGAAGGAAGAUUGACUAUGUUCACUGGUUGGACAAUCCUAUGCUCAUGAGCCUCUUCAAGGAGUUCUUCAAGGACUUGAUUCAAGUCAAAGGAGUGAAGAUUGAACUCCGACCUUUCCAUCUUGCAUCAGCAGAGCCGAAGCUUCCAUUGACAUCAUCAUACCUACGGAUGCAAGUGAGAGGCAAUGUGAAAGCAUGGGACAUUCACCCUCCAGAAGAUUUGCGAGAGAUGAGUUUCAGCCAGAUCAACGCAGCACUCGACGAGGAUGACUGGGCAAUCACCAUUUAUGGAGUGGAGCACGAUAUGGCACCUUCGCCAUCAACACCAGCAUCAAGGCCAAGAACAAGACCUGAUGAACCUGGUAUCGUGCAGCCUGCCCAGAACCUCGACGAGAUGGAUGAGAAGAGCAUAGCUGAUCUCAAGAGAACAGAAGAUGCCUUGCGGAAGCUGAUGAGAUUUGUCGAAAGCCUCACAGAGUACAAGACGAACAUCUAUGGUUGGCUGAGGAGAGAUGGCAAGUGGCGAUUCUUCCCUCGUGAGGAUGAUCAUGCAACGAAGAUCAUGUUGUGGGUGCAGUACAUCUACAAAGGUUUGAGCAAGCAUCAAGUCCAUGGAGCUCUACUUGGACGAAGCUUGCGGAACAUCAAGCCUCCAUCGAACACAGUUGGUCAUCUCAUCUCAUGGAUUCAUGGAGGACAAGGCUACGCCGUGCAAGAGCACUUCUCCGACGGAUUCUUGAAGAUGAAGAGGGUUUCCAACUACUCUCGUGAAGAGAUGUGCACAAUCUACUUGUUCCACUAUCAUCCUGAUCCUGUGGAAGAGCCAGCAAGUCAGUCGACCAUCAAUAAGGAUGACGACAAGAUGGACGUCAACGUUCCCGAUGACAGAGGCGAGAAGAGAGAUGCACCAGAGACCAGAACAGUGGUCAUGGCACCUGAGAAGAAGAGGCAGCGCAUCUACAAUGUGAAGAAAGAGCUCGAUUUUCUACGACAUUUGUAUGUCAACAUGACUGAGAACCACAUCAUUCAGAUCGAUUGUGGACAUGAUUGGUUGACAGGUUGUCACAUGUGGUCAGAGGACGAGGAGAUGAUCCUGAAAGCAGAGAAGGAUGAGAGCAUGGUGCGAACGACACAUGCUUCAGUGCUUGUGGGACUGGCAGCGUUUGCCACUUCCAAGAAGAUGCUGGCGGCAAUGAUGCCGACUUUGGCAUUUGGAACUUUGGUGGAUGCGCAAUCCACUGAACCGGAGAAUCAAGAGCAGAAGAGCUACUUCUUUGUGUACCUCAUGAUUUUCAUCACGGUGAUUCUGGCGGUGAUGCUUGAGAGAAUGGUGACAAGUUGGAUGAGCAAGAAGAGAAGAAUCCAACCUGUGAAGAUCGAGUCCGACGACGACGACGACAUGGAUGUCGAUCAAGAAGGAGAUCAACCAUCAUCUUCAGGAGCAUCCUUCCACCGGAAGAGGAAAGCAAGUCCUCGAGACACAUGGGAAGAUCUUGCACGAAAGGUCAUUGACGAGAAGGAGACGCUGAAGCGGAAGAACAAGAAGAGCGAAGAAGAUGCACACCUACAGCAACAGGAGAUCGACAGCCUCAAGUUUGACAACGAAUGGUGGAAAGAUAAGUAUGAGAAGCUUGAGGAGAAGUACGAUGACAAGGACUUCGAGCUGAAGAACCUCAAGAAUGACAUGACAGUGGUCACAGCAAGGAAGAAAGUGCUCGAAUCCACGGUCAGCGACAUGAGAGCUGGACUAGUGAAGCUUGAAGAUGAGAAUGCUGAAUUGAAGAUGAAGCUGGACAGGAAGACGGCAGCAUCAUCAGAGAGACCAGCACCGCCGACACCAAGGAUCACUGACAACGCCGAGAUGGCCGGCGAGAUCGAGAAGCUGCAGAAGAUGGUCAAGUUCAAAGACCAGGAGAUCAUGAGACACCUGGCUCGCAUCAAGAGCUUGGAGAUGCCAGAAACCAUCUUCAUCACGAAGACUGGCAAGAAGUUCCAUCGAGAAGGAUGUCCACAUCUGAGAGAGGGCGAACAGGACAUGCGAUUGGCUCGAUGGCUGGCCUUGACUGCCGUGGUGCUGGCUCAGCUGCUAGCUGUCGCAUACUUCUGCUUGUGGGCCUACCGAAUACGUAUGCAUCCUGUCCGGGACUAUGGCUACCUCAUUCACGAGUUUGAUCCAUGGUUCAAUUUCCGCGUGGCACAGUACCUUGCGAAGAAUGGAUGGUUCAAGUUUGCCAAGUGGUACGACUACAUGAGUUGGUACCCCAUUGGCAGACCGAUUGGUACGACUACAUAUCCUGGAAUGCAGUUUGCAAGCAUUGGUAUUUGGAGAGUCAUGAAGCUUCUCCCGAAGGCGGAGUGGGAACUCACCUGGUUGUUAGAGCAUUUGCCAAAAGGCUGGAAGACGUAUCUUCCUGGUCAUGGCAAACUGUCGUUCUCUUCCAUGAGCCUGAACGACGUGUGCGUUUUGACACCGGCAUGGUUCGGUGGUGUGGCGACUCUUUCCCUGGUACUGCUCACCGUUGAGGCCUCUGAAAGCCCUUCUGCCGGUGUUGCCGCUGGUCUUGUCAUGGCCAUUAUCCCAGCACACAUGAUGCGGUCCAGUGCUGGUGAGUAUGACAAUGAAGCUGUGGCUGUCGCCUGCUUUUGUGCAACUUUCUGGUUGUGGUGUCGCUCCAUUCGAACUCCCAAAUCGUGGCCUUGGGGGUUGCUGGCAGGCUUUGCGUACUUCACGGCUGCGGCAACGUGGGGUGGCUACAUAUUUGUCAACAACAUGAUAGGUUUGCAUGCGGCGGUUCUAGUGGCCUUGGGCAAAUACAACUCAGGCCUCUACAAGGCAUAUACCUUGUGGUAUGUGGUGGGCACUUCGCUAGCUACGCUAGUCCCAGUGAUCGGCUGGACCCCGCUUCGGGCAGUGGAGCAGAUGCCAACGUUGCUGGUCUUUGUCACGUUCCAGUUGAUGCAUAUUUGCGAUCUGGUGCGGCAGCGCACAUCUCGUUUAGACAAUCCUUGGAAGUUCUGUGCCUUCAGGGUGGCUGUGUUUGGUUCAACAAUACUGGUCGGUGCUGGCGUGUGCUGGAUAUUGUACAGCAUGGGUCACUUCGCGCCACUGGGUGCCCGAAUACGAGGGCUCUUCCUGAAGCACAAGAAGACCGGGAAUCCUCUCGUAGACUCAGUGGCGGAGCAUUCGGCGACGAGCAAUUCAGCCUAUGAGCAAUUUCUUGGAGAUGCACGCUUCGUGGCCGGAGUUGGCCUACUGUUUUGCUGGCACCAACGGACGCCGGCAAAGAUCUUUCCUGUGAUAUAUGCACUCGUUGCCUACCACUUCUCAGGCAAAAUGUCUAGACUGAUGAUCAUUUGCGGGCCUAUUGUGUCCAUGCUCGCUGGCUACCCUAUUGGAAUAGUCACAGACUGGUGCUUGCAGCAAUUCCUCAACCUUCUUUGUGCCCCGCGCGAGCAGCCCGUGGUUGAGAAGGAGAUCAGAACCGGAGGAAUGGGCUCAAUCUACCGCACGCUGUGGGGUGUUUUUCAGCCGAUGGUGCUUGCAAAAGAGGCGGAAGAUGCUCUCAGCUUGGCUGAUGACAUACAAUGCCGUUUUCCACGUCCUUGCAGGGCUAUGAGGUGUAGUGUGGCCAUUCUAGUGUUGGUGACGGGAUACAUGAAUCUUCGUCAGCCGACCAAGAAGUUCAUCAAGACCUGUGAGGAGAUCGCUCCACAUAUGGGGCAUCCUUCGAUCGUCUUCCAAAGUCAGCAGGGCUUGAUCACGGAUUACCUGGAUGGCUACAAGUGGAUGAAGGACAACACGCCGGCAGAUGCACGCGUAAUGGCUUGGUGGGACUAUGGCUAUCAAAUCACUGGCAUUGGCAACCGAACAUCAAUUGCUGAUGGGAACACAUGGAACCAUGAGCACAUUGCAACCUUGGGGCGCACUUUGACAAACCCGGAGAAGAAGGCCCACAACAUAAUGCGACAUCUUGCAGACUACGUCUUAGUGUGGGCUGGGGGUCAUGGAGAUGAUAUGGGGAAAUCCCCACAUUUGGCGCGAAUUGCCAACUCGGUCUUUCCAGAUGUCUGUGGUGAAGACGACCCUACUUGCAGGAAGUUUGGCUUCGACCACAUGACCGGCCAGCCAACUGAAAUGAUGGCAGCCUCCUUCCUCUACAAGGCCGUGAAGCACAAUAUGGAAGGAGUGCGACUAGAUCCAAAACUCUUCCAAGAGGUUCAUACAACCAAGUACGGCCUCAUGAGAAUCUUCAAGGUUCUCGGCGUGUCGGAAGAGUCCAAGAAGUGGGUGGCGGAUCCAGCCAACCGGAAGUGCGAUGCACCUGGAAGCUGGUACUGCGUUGGCCAGUACCCACCAGCUUUGAGCAAGCUCAUUGCAAAGAGGAAGAAUUUUGCGCAGUUGGAGGACUUCAACCGCAAGGACGGGGAGAAAAGUGCCUACACCCGAAUGGCACGAACACCUAGACACAGCUGCAUCAUUCACCAGGUUCCUUUCUGCAAGCUACCAAGAACCAAUCGAUUGGCACAGCGCGGAGCGUCUGGACCAGCUGGAGCGAAAGAAAAGGCAUUUGACGUGGAAGUAGUUGAAAUCCGCCGACGAUUUCCAUGGGCCCUGCUUGCCACAGCAGCUGGAACUGCUGGCCUUUACGCAGUAUAUCUCCGCAGGCAGGAGGAGCUGCGAAUUGCAGAGGAGGAAGCAGCCAAGUUGAAAGCAGAAGCGGCAGCUACACAAGCAAAGGCUGAAGCCGAAAAGUCUCAGGCUGAAGCUACAGCUAAGGCAGCAGCGUUGGCUGAAGCAGAGGCUGCAGCGGCUCGUGAAGCAGAGGCACGAGAAGCAGCUGAGGCCGAAGCAAAGCUGCAGGCUGAAAAGCAAGCUGCGCUGGCUGCAACUUUCCGCCAGGGCGAACAAUUCUUGAAUCGUAUCAGGCUUGUAGAAAAUGGGGCCAACUACUAUUCUGCCUCAGAUGCCCACAAUGAAGAUUUACAUGAAUUGCUUGCCAGCGUGCAAGCUUUUGUGGAUCAGCAAGCCUUUCAAGACCUUCAACAGGCACAAGGUGACAAGUCUGAGCUGGCUAGCAAAUUGAUGAGCAGCCUCUCAUUUUUGCGUCUUUUCCUGGAAAGGCUACAAACGGCGGACAAAUGUGAGCAGCAGUUUGAUUCUGCCGCAAGCUUGAUCAGAGCAGAGCGAAGGCGGUGGUUAGCAGGAGAGGCUGCAAACCUUGCAUUGGUGCAAGAUGCUUUAACUCGAGCAGAAGCUUCUGUCUUCGAGCUGCAAGGUCUAGGCAUGGAAUCCAGCGGAUUUGAUGAAGUCAUUGAGAUGGCACGGUCGAACUUGCAGGAGAUGAAGGAUCAAGAAAGUAAGAAGCAGCUGCGCGAGGUCGCAGGUAAGGCUUUGGAGGCUGCGAUGGAUAGCAGCCCUUUUGACUGCAAAGUCUGCGAACAGAGUGCCAAAGAAGCCCGGUCAGCUGGUUGCCUUCCUUCAGCUGCCCUCGAAGUUGCGGAGAGGGUGGCAGAGCUCAACGAGCCCCGAAGUGAAUUGAAAAACUGGGCCAGUGAAUUUGGCCGCUUUGGAUUAGAGAUCUCGAGCUCUGCAAGCUCUGGCACUGUGGAUGCUGAAGACUUUGUCACCGCAGCUGUCUCUGCAACAGCCUCGAUGUCUGACAAGGAGCUCCAAGACCAUGUGUCCCGCUUGGCAGAGGCGCUGGCAAUGCACCAUGAGCGCGAAAAGUUGGAGCUAUCUUCAGCUUGGACAGCCAUGUUGCCGGAGUGGAGUCGACUCAGCCAAGAGAAAAUCAUGAAGAUUCGAGAGGACUUUGCCACUCGGAAGAGGUUGGGAAAGGAAACCAUGAAAACAGAGUUAGAAGAAACCGCUUCCCUCCAUCUCAAAGAAGCAUUGGAGGAAGCGGUUGGUGAAGUACAGGAGCGCUCCGAGAGAGAUGUGUACGACCUGCAAUCCUCCAGCAUGUUGCAACUCUCAGAAGAUCUUCACAAAGCCAUUCGAAGCCUUGAUGGUCAUCUUCGCAGUUUGCCCGAAUUCUUUACUUCAAGAGUGCAAGAGCUUUGGAACCAAGGUCGGUGCCCUCAGCACCGGGUUUCAAUGACCAGCUAUUCAGCAGCAGCCACUUUGUCAGUUCCCCUUGGUUCACCACUGAAAAGUGGUGAUGUGGCGAAGUCCGGCGGCUUCGUGGGCAAUGUUGCUUCGCAUCUUGCUUCGCACCUUCCUCAGGGAGCUUCAGCCCUCAGUGCAGAAGAACUGCAGCAUGCCUUUCACCGUGAAUUGCCAGAACUGGUGGCCGCAGCCUUUGAACCAGAACACGGUGGAAUGCUGGGCAAUCUUGUUGGAAAGCUCUUCGGGCGUCUUUAUCGUUUUAGGGGUGGACAGGACGAGCUGUCCAUGCAAGAAGCUUUGGAAUCAAAACUUGGUACUUCAGUCCCUCUUGAGGAAGGGAGAGACGUGCAGAAGAACUUGCGUGCUUUAGCAGAGGCUUUCAAGUGGAUCGAACUUGGAGAGUUCCGAAGAGCCUUGUCCACUCUUGACAGUUUGGUUGGGCAAUGCCGCGCGCGGGCUGAAGACUGGAUUCACUUGGCCCGAGAGGCCCUCUUGCUGAGGCAAGCUUCUGACGCAGUGCGAGCUCGCUCUCGGUGUUUGAGCAUGAGUUUGGUCGAAUAG